AUGCUUAUACAAGUAAUUCUUGCUUCGGCCGUUGUUGUGCUCCUCAUUCAGCCUGUGGCCGUCUUCGUCAGGGACUCGAAACAUCUCCGGAAGUUCCCAGCUCCAUCUUAUGCUGGGCUUUCAUCCUUAUGGCGCAUCAUCAAGAACCUGCAACACGAGCAUUAUCUUGCGGUACACGAGGCCCACAAGAAACUCGGCACGCAUAUACGAAUUGCUCCCAACCACAUCUCGGUCUCCGAUGUGCAAGCCAUGAAUGAUAUAUACGGCCAUGGUGCAAACUUUCUCAAAGAUGCUUGGUAUGACGGCGGUGCUGGCGAAUUCCGACACAUGGCGGAUGCUAGAGUCAAAGCCGAGCACCAAGCGAAGAGGAAGAUGCUCGCCCAUGUCUUUGCACAGAAGACAAUUGCCAAUCUGGAACCGGUCAUUAGCGAUACCGUUAGUACGUUGAUUGCUCAGGUCGAGAAGUUCACAGCCGAAGGGAAGCCUAUCAACAUGCGUCGAUACCUAAACUACUUCACCAUCGAUGUUUUCUCCAGACUGCUGUACAGCGAGUCGCUGGGAUGUCUUGAGCGUGGAAACGAUAUCGUCGAUGCUGAAACCCUGGAAGGCAAAGUCUAUCAGGUGCCCUUCAUUAAGUCGCUUCACGAUUCGACCAUUAUAAACACUGUCCUUGGGAUGGAAGCGCCACUGCUUCCCUUCACGAGAAGAGUCUUCGCUUGGCAUCCAUUCAAGAAGGCUGGUGCCGACUACGAGAACAUCAUCUACCACAACACCGCCAAGCGCCUCAGAGAUCUGGAUGCAGAGGAAGAUAUCUUCUCUAAGCUCCUGAUCAACAACAAGGGCGAGCAAGUCGGUCUAGAACUUGGAGAAAUCCUCGCGGAAGCCUCCGUGAUGAUGAAUGCCGGAACAGAUACCACUACAGCAGCUUUGACGAAUACGAUCUACCUCCUUUAUAAGCAUCCAAAGAUCCUCGCCCGGCUUCGGGAAGAACUGGACGCAGCCACCGGUACUACCGAAAUACCAGCGUGGGAGGCCAUAUCUCAGCUACCCUUCCUUCGCGCCUGUGUCGAAGAGUCGCUUCGAGUCCGACCCGCAAGCUCGAUGGGUCUUCCUCGUGUGGUGCCCAAAGGAGGGCGAAUGAUUGCAGGCCAGUUCAUCGACGGAGAUGUCACUGUCUCCGUGCCAACGUACACUCUUCUCCAUGAUCCCGAAGCAUUCGAGAAUCCCGACGAAUUCAACCCAGACCGUUGGGUCACCGGCGACAAGGAAAAGAUGAGCAAAGCACAUCUUCCAUUCAGCACCGGACCCAGAGCUUGCAUUGGUCGCAACAUAGCGUAUUUCGAACAGCUUCUGGUCAUCUCUGCGCUUGUUAAGUCGUACGACUUUGAGUUUGAAACACCGGAUUUUCAGCUGCGGACUAUUGAACGCUUCAACUCGAAUCCGGAUGAGCUUGUGUUGAAGUGCCGCAAGAGGGUUAUGGUGUAG